AUGAUAUUUUAAAAUAUUUUUUACAUUUUCAAUACAUCUCCAUUAAACUUACGUUUUACACUUCACUUCGAGCAGCAGCUGCUAUGAACAUAAACGCCUUCACUUCCAUAAACAUACAACAGUUACCCGUUCUCCCACUCGCCCCACGCGCCACCCUCUCCUUCUCUUCAACUUCUCUUCUCUCUUUUCCCAAACCCCGCCAACGACUCUCUCUAUCCGCCAUGUCUUCUUCUCCGACCACCUUCACCGAACUCAGCGACGAAUCUCACUUCGAGUCCCUCCUCUCUCCCGACGCUCACAUCUCCAUUUGCGGCUUCGGCUCUCUCCUCUCCGAGCGAAGCGCACGGAACACUUUCCCCAAUCUGCUCAAUUUCAGAAUCGCUAAGUUGAAUCACUUCCGUCGCGUUUUCGCCCAUGUUGCUCCUGUUUUCUUCGAACGUGGCAUUGCCAAGCCAGAAACCAUGGAGAUUUCAAGUUUGAGUGUGGAGGCAUGUGAAGGAGAAUCUCUUGUAGUAACAGUUUUUGAAAUAACAAAAUCUGAGAUUCCAGAUUUCAUCAAGAGGGAGGUUGAGUUUCGAUUUCUUGCUGUUCUUCCUGAAACUCUUGAUGGAAAAUCUUAUGACUUUCCAGCGGUCCUUUGUGCUCGUUACAGUGAUGAAGAAUUUUUGAACAUUAGAUGCAAAGGGAACAAGGAAAUUUUGUUUCAGCAAUAUGGAAGGUGGAAUAUUGAUAAAAUUUGGAGAGACGAUGUUUUUCCCUGCCGCAUCUAUCUUCGACACUGUGUACUGGCAGCAAAGAAUCUUGGUGACACCGCGUACAACAAUUUCCUGGAUCAUACCUACCUUGCUGACCGCAAAACAACCAUUCGCGAGUACUUGGCGACUGCUGGUUCUGGCAUAAUGGAAGAGGAACCACCUGAAUCCCUCAAGUUCCGCUAUGGCGGAUAAUUAUUUCAACACAGUUUUUUUGCUGAUGUUUUCAUGUCAUUUGUAAAACAAUAUAUAUUCAGUAAUAAGAAUAAGCAUGAAACAAUUUACCAAGGUGUGUAAACUUUCCUUUUGUAAGAAAGAAAUAUCAUUCUCAGAUUUUACCUAUUAUGGUACACAUAAUCAAUCAAUGCUUCAAUAA